CCCAUAAAUUGUGUUACAAGACAACAUGGCGGACCCUCUGUCUUUGCUGCGUCAGUUUAACACCAACAAAAAAGAGAUUCAGGAGAUCGCAGACGAUGUUAUAUUCGACGAGUUCUCCUUUCCAAAGACUGCUAAAACUAACUACGUAAUUAUCAAGUCACAACCGAAAGAGUARUACACUCUUGAAUCARUGCUCUUUCUGUUGAAAAAUGUUCACUUAUCUCAUCCUAACUAUGUACAACGUGCUGUGGCUGCAAAGAUUCCUGUAGUAAGAUUGCCAGACAGAAGGGCUCUACUAAGUUAUCUCAAUGGCGAUACAGAUACAUCYGCAAGUAUUGAUAAAAGUGCUCCACUGGAGAUGCCAACACAGAGGUCUUCUGCUUCUCGUGCUCAAGCAAAGCGAGCUGGUGAUGACUCUUCUGUUGGAGAAUUCAAAAAGCCUAGAGUUGAGACUGAAGAAGUCAUUCUUGAUAAGAGGAAGCUUGAGGCACGUCUUGAAGGUCACAAAGAAGUUACUGUUACCACAGAUCAGAUGAGAUCACUAAGUGAAGCUAUGACUAAAGAGAAAAUAGCUGCAAUUAAAGCUAAACGUUUGGCAAAGAAAAAGACAACUAUUCGUGUGGAUGAUGAAUUGGAACCAGACUUGCUGAAACAACGUAGCUUUGUUGAUGCUGAAGUUGACGUUACAAGAGACAUUGUAAGCAGAGAGCGACUACUAAGGACUAGAACAAGUGUUUUACAAAGCUCUGGCAAGAAUUUCCUUAAAAAUGUGCUAGCCAUUCUGUCAUCUGUUAAGGCCAGGGAGGAAGGCAAACACAAACAAAGCCAGCCCUCCAAUGCAUCAACAGCAGCUGAUCCAGCUAAACGAAAACCAGUUGUGCCUGUGGCCUACAACAGAUACGAUCAAGAGAGAUUUAGAGGAAAGGAAGAAACUGAGGGCUUUAAGAUUGAUACUGCUAGAACAUACCAUGGCCUCAGUCUGGAGCACGUAAAGGAAGGAGCACAUCGACCUGUAAAGAGACCAGCCCCAAGCCCCUCUCCACAUACCCAACCUUCUAAAGCUUUGAGACCCCUUCAGCAAAAGCCAGCUAAGCGAGAGUCAAGAACUCCAAUUAUCAUAGUUCCAGCAGGAACAACAUCGUUGAUAACAUUGUACAAUGUCAAAGACUUGCUGCAAGACUUCAAGUAUGUAUCCACUGAAGACAAGAAACAGUCAGGAGCAAGAAGAGAGAAUGAAGUCUUAAUUCAAAGGCGUAAAGAAGUGAUUCAAAAUCAACAUUCAGGCACAGUUGCAACCACAUCAGUUACAGUACCAUACCGUGUAGUAGACAGUACCACACGACUGCAGCCUAAUGAUUGGAACCGUGUGGUAGCAGUGUUUGUGCAAGGACCAACAUGGCAGUUUAAAGGUUGGCCAUGGCUUCUUGCUGAUGGAUCUCCUACUGAUAUAUUUACAAAAAUAAAAGCUUUCUAUCUGAAGUUUGAUGAUGCAAAAACUGAUGGUAAUGUACAAAAAUGGGAUGUUCAAAUCCUAACGAUAAACCGAAAUACAAGACAUUUUGACAAGGCAUCAAUCAAUACAUUCUGGACAAAUUUAGACAAAUUCAUGAUAAAGAAUAAACCUAAUCUUAGAUGCUGAUGAAAGGCAACAUGCCAUUGGUGCAUCUCAUGAACGUCAUAACAUCGUCAUGUCUUAUUUCAGGACCCAAAGACCUAUUUUCUAAUGUAAUUAUUUGAGAAAAAAAGAAAAAUAUCUAGAAGAAUCUCCCCAAUUUCCUUUUAGAAGUAUUGUACCUCUAAAAUAGUGAAAUUUAUUCGAGCAACAUCAGUUUGGCCAUCAGCAAAUAUUUGGGCUUGUAUAGAUUGGCAAAACCUGUUUAACAACGCCAGUUUUUUAAAGAACAAAAUCUUUAUUAUAAUGUGCUUAAGUACAACCUCAAUGAAUAUCUAUCACACUUGAAUUCACAGGUGAUUCUUAAAGAAYUAGCUCAAAAUMUUCAUAAACGUUUCUGAAACYGUUCAGAAUAAUAUUGUAAGUUAACGGUACACUUCCAAGGAAGCACGACUAGCAUGCACUAACCCAAGCUACUAUCGCUAUCAAU